AUGUCAUACAAUACUAUUAGUCCAGAUUAUCUGAACGUGCAGACAAAUAAGGACAUUGUCAACAUUAUUUCGAACGAAGUUGUAUUCUUUAGUGAUAAAAUUAGCCAGAUGUCUAGCUAUAACAUGGCUACAAAAAGAAUUAUAAUCGUGACCUCAAAGGCGAUAUAUUUAUUCAAACAAAGUGGACCAAAGAAGAGGAAGUUGAAGAAUUCUGUGCCUUUUAAGGAUAUUGUUGCAUUAACAAAGUCUACUAAAUCAAAUCAGUUUGUACUCCAUUUGAUCUCUGACUACAUUCGGCUAAAGACGAACAAUGCAGCCGAAUGAGUUGAAUUGAUAAAAAUAGCAUAUGUGAGUGAUAUUCACAAUAACCUGCCCAUCUACACAGCUCAGAUGAAAGACUUAAAAGGAGUUACAAAAAUUCAAAAAGAUUUCAAACUUCUUUCUGAAGAAUAUCUCAUGAAGGAAGAGGCGAAAGGGGAAACUAAGAAAGCUCAAAAGGAUCAGAAAGUAGUGGAAGAGACCACUAAAUCUGACAAUACUGCUACGGAUGAAGAAGAGAAAGAGAAUACUUAUGAAGAUGAGCCUAACGUAAUUGAAGAUGACUUUGAGUUUCAAGAAAGAGAGGGAAGAGAUAAAAGAUCCUCUACUCUAUACUCUAAAGAAUCUGAUACUGAUUGAGAAUUCGAAGAUUUUGUCAUCAAGAAAGUCUUGGGUAUUGGGUCAUUUGGUAAAGUCUAUUUGGUCGAAAAUCAAGUCACUGGCAAACUUCAUGCCAUGAAGAGUAUAAAGAAAGAGAAGAUUAUGGACUAUAACAAGAUGGAAUCCACUAAAUUGGAAGAACAUAUCCUGCUCAACUCUGAACAUCCCAACAUCGUCUCCCUUGACUUUGUCUUUAAGAAUGAAGAAAGAAUUUAUUUUGUCAUGAACUUUGUUAGAGGUGGAGAACUCUUUAAACAGAUUAUCGAUUGAGGAAGAUUUGAGGAAUACAGAGCUAAAUUUUAUGCAGCCCAAAUUGCAUUAGCUCUAGGACAUCUCCACUCACAAGAUGUACUCUAUCGGGAUCUCAAACCAGAGAAUAUCCUUCUUGGUGAAGAUGGGUAUGUUUAUCUCACAGAUUUUGGUCUUUCAAGAAUUCUGGCCAGAGAUGAGAUUGCAACCAGCUUUUGAGGAACUGCUGAAUAUCUUGCUCCUGAAAUGGUUACUUCAACAGGCCAUAAUUUUGGAAUUGAUUGGUGGGCCCUAGGAAUAUUAAUUUAUGAAAUGAUCGUUGGGAUUCCGCCUUUCUAUCAUAAGAAGAGGGAUCACAUGUUUUAUCUUAUCAAAGAAGCUGAGAUAAAGUACCCUGAUCCAGCAAAACACGGAAUUUCAGUUUCAGAUGAUGCCCAAGAUUUAAUCAAUAAAUUAUUAUGCAAAGAUAUGGACCAGAGGUUAGGAUCAGAGAAUGAUGUUGAUGAAGUUCUUGCACAUCCAUGGUUUAAAGAGAUAAACAUUGAUAAAGUUCUGGCUAAGGAAAUAGAUCCUCCUUAUAAGCCUGAAUUGGACUCAAGCAAAUAUGACACUUCUUUCUUCGACCCUAGUGUGACAUGAAUGGAUGCUAGGGAGAGUGAAUAACAUUAAUAUAUCGCUAAACAUUUUCUAAAA